UGUGCCGCCGCUGGCAAGUUCCCGCUAGCUAUAAAACUCGACAAGUCGUCAAAUCCGACGGAUUAUUUAUUUAAUAUUUUCAUAAUUAAUUAAUCAUACAUGUUAAUAUAAUAACAAUUUUAUGUUAACUUGUAUGAAAUUAUAUAUUUUUUUUUCAACAUUAUAAAAAUUUAAAAAAACAUGUUACCCAAUGAAUUUAGUUAAUUUUAAUUAAAUUGAAGUGAAGAUUGUGUUGGGUAGCGAGGAUGGACAUGGAUAAACACGUGAUGGUAAGCCGGUCUUGGACAUCGAAUGGAGAUCAUCAGGCAUGAUAAGAAAAUACAACAUACAGUGAUUCUUGGAAGUAAAAAUAUUUGGACAAAUGUGUUGGUGGCUAUUUAAUAAGUAUUUACAAUUAAUUGUGAUUAAGUUGUGAUUAUUCGGACAAUUUUUUUUUUUUUAAUUAUCAUCUGUGAUUGUUUAUUGUUUUUUAUUAUUAGUUAACACAAUGAUUAUUAUCUUUGGAAUUUUAUACUUACGGUGAUUAUUACUGCAAGAAAAAAUAUAUUAUCAACACAAUAAUAUUAUAUAAUGUAGAUGAAUUUGUAACAACGUAAUGCUGAAGGAAGUUGGUUGUGGAAAUAAUACACCCCCAUCUGGGGAAGUAACAGUAUCAGGACGUCGUGAUAAUCAAAAUUCCGAAAAUGGAUUUUCUUGUGGUGGAUGUGGACAAGAUAUUGCAGAAAGAUGGUAUCUCAGAGCAGCUGAUAGAGCAUGGCACUGUGGAUGUCUUCGUUGUUGUCAUUGUCGAGUACCACUUGCUGCUGAAUUAACUUGCUUUUCAAGAGAUGGAAAUAUUUAUUGCAAAGAAGAUUAUUACAGACUAUUUGCAGUAUCAAGAUGCUCAAGAUGUCAUGCUGGAAUAUCAGCAUCUGAGUUGGUAAUGAGAGCAAGAGAACUUGUCUAUCAUGUUGCAUGUUUUAUUUGUGCAUCAUGUGGUGUAUCAUUAAACAAGGGUGAUCAUUUUGGACAACGUGAUGGACUAGUUUAUUGCAGACCACAUUAUGAAUUAAUUUGUUGUACUGCUGAUUAUGGAUCAACAACUGGUAGCAUUGAAGAUUUAGGAUCACCAGGUGUAUCACCACUUCCUUCGUAUUACAGUGCACCAGAACAAAGUCCCGUCGCAUCUGGUGGAUCAACACAAAAAGGACGUCCAAGAAAACGUAAAUUAUCUGAAGCUAAUUCAGCCUCUGAUUUGCCUGUAACUAUGAGACUUGCUGCUGGUGCUCUUGAAUUGCUACAUCCAAAUGAACUGUCGUCGUCAAUGGAAUCAUUGGCAGCUUACAAUGACACAUCAGUUGGUUCACCUGGUGGACAUUUACAUCAAAAUCAAAGAACAAAAAGAAUGCGUACUAGUUUUAAACAUCACCAAUUAAGAACAAUGAAAAGUUAUUUUGCUAUUAAUCAAAAUCCCGAUGCAAAAGAUCUCAAACAAUUGGCACAAAAAACUGGAUUAUCUAAAAGAGUUUUACAGGUUUGGUUCCAAAAUGCUCGUGCAAAAUGGCGUCGAAAUAUGAUGCGACAAGAGGCAAAUGGUACAACAAAUAUUGGCUGUCCAGGAACACCAGUUCCAUCAUCAACUGGUAACUCACCAAAUGUUGGUUUGAAUUCAUCAUUUCUUGGUGACAGUAAUAGUCAACCAUCAACAUCAAUGGAUGAUAUGCAUGCACUACAUCAUCUUCAUUCAGGUGUGUCAUCACAAGCAUCAUCAUUCUCUGAUCUUUAUUAAUAUACUUGAAUAUAUUAAAUUAAUUCAAGGCACAUUGGCAGUGCCAAGUACUUUUAUGUCAUUCGAAAUUUACAUUUGGAAAAUAUAUAUAUAAUAUAAAUUAUAAUAAUGCGUUUGGUGAAUGGUUAAUAAUAUCUAGAAGCUAGUCAUUAGUUAACAUGAAUUAUAUAAUUUAUUUAACUUUGAUGAUUGUAAUUUAAAAAAAAUAUAAUUUCUUCUUUGUAGAUUUAUUUUCACAAUAGGGAAUAAAUUUAAACUCGAAAUACAAGACUAGUUUAUAGAAAAAAAAAUAAAUAAAAAAUAAAAACCAAUUGUUUAACAGAAAGUAUUAAUUUUUUUUUUUUUUUUAAAUAACUUCAAUUAAUAUUUAUAUGAAUUUAUAUCAAGUACAAAAGCACCAAUUUUUGUAAAAAUUUUUUGUUAUGAAUUUUCAAUAAUUAUGCACUGAUUAUUUUAUUAUCAAACUUACGUAAUCAAAAAUUAAAAUGAUGAAAAUGUAUUAUAGAGAUAAAUAUGGUAUACAUAUCGACUAUUCAUUAAUUAUAAUUAUUAUUUUAUUUUUUUGCAUCGACAAUAAAGAUGAAAAAAAAUUUUAAAAAUUA